AUAGAUUAACGCUGGGGGAGCCGGAGUGCAGGUGCAGAGCCGGCGUGUGAGAGAAAGGGAGAAGAGACCGGAGGGAAGGCGGCAUCAUGCGUGCGGCUGGGAGCGGCGGCGGUGGUGGCGGCGGCGGCAAGAGACACUCGCCCUUGGUGGCCGCGGCUGGGAUUUUACUGCUCUGCGUGGCCGGCAGAGCCAGAGCUCAGGAAGUGCAAGCAGAGAACGUGACGGUGGCAGAGGGCGGCCAGGCGGAGAUCAACUGCAAACUACACCAGUAUGACGGUUCCAUAGUUGUGAUUCAGAACCCUUCCCGACAGACGCUUUUCUUCAACGGCACACGUGCCCUGAAGGACGAGCGUUUCCAGUUAGUGGAGUUCACCCAGAAGCAGGUCCGCAUUGUGCUUUCCAACGCCCGUCUGGAAGAUGAAGGGGGCUACUUCUGCCAGCUCUACACGGAAGACACGCACCAUCAAAUUGCCAUCCUUACUGUGCUGGUGCCACCCGAGAACCCCUUGGUGGAGGUGAAGGAGCAGGCGGUGGAAGGAGGAGAAGUCGAACUCACCUGCAUCGUCCCCCGGUCGCGUCCGGCCGCCACCCUGCGCUGGUACCGGGACCGAAGAGAGCUAAAAGGCAUGAGCAGCAAGCAGGAAAACGGGAAGGUCUUCAGCAUCACCAGUGUGGUCCGCUUCCGGGUGGAGCGCAAGGACCACAGCAGCAUCAUGACGUGCGAGGCCACCCACCCGGCGUUGCGCGGGCAGCGGAAGCAGACGCAGUACGUGCUAGAUGUGCAGUACUCCCCCACAGCAAGGAUCCACCCCCCCCAAGGGGUGAUGCGGGAAGGAGACACUUUAGUUCUGACUUGUGCUGUCAAUGGCAACCCACUCCCCACAGAGAUCAAAUGGACCCGAGCGAACGAGUCGUUGCCGGAGCGGGCCCUGGUCGAGGGGGAGGUGCUGACCAUCCCCAGCCUCAGCCUGCUGGAUAACGGGACCUACUCAUGCCACGUGGCCAACAAGCACGGCCGCUCGUCGGACCAGUACGUGUUGGUGGUUUACGACCCCGGGGCUAUCGUGGAGGCCCAGACGUCGGUGCCCUAUGCCAUUGUGGGGGGCAUCCUGGCACUCCUGGUCUUCCUUGUCAUCUGUGUGCUCAUAGUCAUGGUGUGGUGCUCCAUCCGGCAGAAAGGCUCUUACCUGACGCAUGAGGCAAGCGGCCUGGAUGAGCACGGAGAAGCCCGCGAGGCCUUUCUCAACGGCGGUGAUGGCCACAAACGCAAGGAGGAGUUCUUCAUCUGAGCCUGGAAAGGGGAGGGGAGGGGAAGAGGGCUGAAGGGACGGGGCGUCGGGAAUGUCGGGGGAAGCAGCUGAGGAGGGGGAGAUGAAAGGGGGUUUGUAGAAAAGAAGCUGCUGCUCUUGCCGGGGAGGGGGGAGGGGGUUGGAUUUGGAAUAAAAAUGGAAGAAAAAGAAAAAAAAAUGCUCAAAAAUGGGGGGGGGGAAUCCAUUGUGUGAAACACGUGGCCGCCACUUUUUCGGUUUUAUUUUUGAAACCGAUGAUUUUAGCCCCGCCCCCAGCCAUGAAGCUCCGCCUCCCACCAUUGGCUGCCCCCUGCCCUGGAAGUUCUGCCCUGUCAUUCUGGGAGGGGUGUGUGUGCGUGUGUCUGUGUGUGCAUGGCUCUGCUUCCGUACAGAGCGUGGGGAUAGCGGAGCCCCCUUUUCCUGGGGGGUGGGGAGGCCGAGCUAUGUGGGAGGGCCUCGUCUCUCUGUACAUAGACUCCAAGUGGGCCUGUGGGAGGCAGGGAGAUGGAAGACGCCCGGGGGGGACGGGGGCAGCCCAGGUGGUGGGGGCCAGCAUGAGGGGAGGGGUGGGCAUUGCAACAGGGGCCUGGCCCCCAGAAGGGGCUGCGGCUUGCUAGCUCCAACUUCUUUUUUUAAUCUUUAUUUUUCAGAUAUUAGCACUGAGUUUCAAAAUAUCUGGGGAGGGAGGUGGGGCUAACCCAUUUGCUUGGGGCAGCCCUGGGGGGGUUGUGGGACGGUGGCCGGUGGAGGGCUGGUCUGGGAGUUGGGACCUCUCGGGUGUCUUUCCUGCCCCGAGGAGGGAAGCGGCCGGGCCUCGGGGUUGCCGGGGGGGGGGGGGGGUGAGGCUGGGAGCGGCGGGGAUGUCCGGCGUUCUCUCCAGGGCGCCCGGCCUCGUAUCCCUCUCGGCCACGCAAUCCCCCCUCCACGGCCGGGCCGCUCACGCCGGGUUGGGCCUUAAGGAGCAGGUUAGACUCUCUUUGUUUUUCCUUCAAAGCCAUGAUAGUUGGGGGAGGGAGGGGGGAGAGCAGGGGGGUGUCUCUGUCUGUCUGUCUGUGUCGUCCGUCCUUGUUGCGUGGCGUGCUCAGCCUGGGGCGGGGGGUCAGGCCACGGAGCCCGGCCGUGCGGCCAGGCCCCGUCUCACGCGAUGCCAGCUUGCCCGGACUGGGUGGCCAAGUGCUGCCACCUGGCCUGAAGCCCAGCCUCUGGGGUGAGUGGAGGACCUUUCCGAAGACGGGCAUCCAUUUCAAGACAUGCGCAUAUGCAGAUGGACUGUGGCCAGUGUUAACUCCUCUCCCCUUGCCUGGAGCAGGUGGAAACCCUGCACCAUCCCAUCCCCAGAUCCUGUUGAAGUAACCUGUGUAGCUCACCAACCUCUGGCCUCCCCCCCACCCCGCCGCCCUCCCCCAAUCGCCCUCAAAGCAGCUGGUGGGGGCAGUUCUGCGGAAAGCAUCAGCAGAUGCUCGGCUCUAGGUAGCCCUCGCUCGGCGCCCUUGUCCGGAUGAUUUUAACCAGCCCCAGCAGCAGCAGCAGCAGCAGCAGCAGCAGCUGUGUUCCAGCGUCAGCCCAAGGGGCCACUGUUACAAGCAGCCGCUCAGCCCCAGAAGCAGCUGCAUCACGCUGUUGGGGCAUGGGAUGCCUACAGUUGGAGAACCGCUUCCUCCCUCACUGCUCCACAGGUCGCUGCUGCGCUGCCCUGGGCAUGCAGUCCUCCCGUGAGCGUGCAUUGCCACGAAAGGGGUUGUGGAAACCUGUCUCCCUCCCUCUCCGCUCCCACGGCCCAGUUCUGGCAACCCUCAGUUCCUUCCAACCUCCGUGACUUCUCAUUUGUGCCAGUAGAUGCCCGCUCCUCGAUUCCGCCUCCCCUGGAUCCUCCCAUCCCUUUCCCUCUGUCUUUCGUCUGGGGAUCAAAAACAAAAAAACAAAAACGAAAAAAGAGAAGAAACUGACGUGUGAUUCUGUGUCCGUCUCUGGCUCGCGGUUUUUAUUUUAUAUUGUUUGUGUCUUGGAAGGGGAGAUUUAAAAAAAAAAAAAAAGAAUGGAGAAUAUAAUAAUUAAUAUAUAACUGGGGGUCGGGAGUGCACAGGGGCUUGUUCCUCUGUAGCCCAAGACUGUUUCCCCCGUGCCCGAAAGUUAAUAUAUAUGUAAAUAUCUAUGUCUGCCUUUUAACCACCUUUGAUACUUCAAUAAAUCCCCCUGAUUAAUUCUUUUAA